AUGGCCUCAGGAAGCAUAGCAUCAGCUGCGCUCUUUCUAGGGCUAAACCUUGUUUUGUUUAAUCUCGCCUUGGCCGGAGAUGUAGGCCGAUCUCUUAUGGCAUGUCCCUCAGAUGCCCUUAAAUUAAAUGCGUGCAAGGAUGUGUUUGAUCUUGUUCAUCUUCGGACUGGAUCUUCUAAGAGGGAUUCUUGCUGCCCCGUCGUACGAAACCUCGUUAACCUAGAUGCUGCUGUCUGCCUUUGCACCGACACGGUUCAUAGCAACGUCUUAGGUCUUAAUAACCCCGACAUCAAUGCUGCUGUUAAGUUCCUUGUCAUCUAUUGUGAUACAAAGCUUCCUAAAGCCUUCAAAUGUCCUCCACGCAAUGCCUAG